AACUUAGAUUUGAAAAUAACUGGUGAAUAAGGAACGUGCUUCUGUCACAUCAACGCGCUUGCAAGAGACUCGACUACGUACAAGUUCCCAUUUUCUCUUUGCUCUUCGCUGGUCUGAAAUGGCUCCGGUUUUGGGUUUGGUUCUUGUGGGGUUUGGUCUCGGGGUGUUGGCCGUUGUUGCUGCAGAAGCUCUGGGGUUGUUAUGGAUCAUGAAAAGGUUGCAGCAUAAGAGCAACAGCGACGAAGCCUACUUCUCUUCCAAGACCCUAACUACUGCGCUGCUUGAUCCCCAACAGUCUCUGGAUUUUGCGUUUAGAAAGCAGGGUGUGGUUUGGGUUCUGGAAUCUGGGAAAAUUACAAAACAGUCCAGGGAGCAAAAAAGGAAAAAUGAUCUCUUGGAGGUUUCCCCUGUUAAGAUGUAUGGACAAAUCAAGGGUCAAUCACUUAUUCUUAGAGACUCUGAUGGUUUGCACACAACGAUUGAACUCAAGGGCUGUGCAGUUCAAGCCGUGUCCGCAUCAAUACUUUCUUCAAGAAAAUGGGCAAAGAAGUUCCCUAUCAAAGUGGAAAACAAAACCUCUGUCAUAUACAAGGGAAACAAAACUAUUUAUAUAUAUCUUGACACUUCAUGGGAGAAAGAAGCAUGGUGUAAGGCCCUCAAUCUAGCUUCAUGUGAUAAAAAAGAAAAAAUCAAAUGGUUUACCCAGUUGGAUGAUGAGUUCCAUAGUUAUCUGACUUCCUUGAACUCUGUUUACCAUUCUUUUAUGAAACCAUCGGUUGGAUCAAGUGUUGAAGUGAUAGAAAGUGCUGGUAAGCCUGAUGGUUCUUCCUCAAAGGUUCGGCAAUUUUGGAGAAAGGUUUCUAAAAGAACAUCCCGAGUUGGUUUGGAAAAUAUAUCAACUCGAUCUUCACAAUCGGGUAGUGAAGGUAAAAAGACCACUGAGAAGCUUCGGGCUUGCCAAGAUGCGAUUUUGGCUACUAGUUUGUUGAAGUCUGCUUCAACAUCAAAGCUUCUAAACAAUUCCAUAGUAGACAAUGAGAAGUUUAGCAUUGAUGAAGGAACAUUAUGUUGGAAUUUGUUGAUUUCUCGGCUCUUUUUCGAUGCCAAAGGAAAUGAGCAGUUGAAGAGAUCCAUGCAAGCAAGGAUUCAGAAAACAUUGUCCAAUAUGAGAACUCCGGGUUAUAUUGGUGAAGUCAUCUGUACCAAUAUCAAUACUGGGAAUGUUCCACCUUGCAUUGUAGGAAUGCGGGUUCUUCCUAUGGAAAUGAGUGAAGUAUGGGCCGUAGAAGUUGACAUUGAAUAUUCUGGAGGUGCACUAUUAGAGAUUGAAACAAGGCUUGAGCCUCGUGAACUAGAGCUCGAUGCAGGAACAGAACACUCAAAUCCACAGCCAAACAAUGCUGGAGCUGUCCCUUCAGAUCUUAUUGAAGAUUUUGAAUAUUUUGAAGAGCAAUUGAAUUUUGCAGAAAGAACGAAUGAUUUACAAGAGCACAAAGAAGAAGGUGAUUGGAACCCUGAUGUUUCCAAGACCUUUAAGAGCACUAUUCCUUCGUUAAAUCAUGGAUCAAGAUGGAAAUCUCUAUUAAAUUCCGUUGCCAAACAGGUUUCCCAGGUUCCUCUCACCUUGGCAAUAAGAGUGACUUCCCUUAGAGGAACAUUGCGCUUGCAUAUAAAGCCACCUCCCUCUGAUCAAUUGUGGUAUGCUUUCACAUCAAUGCCAGACAUUGAUUUCAACAUGGAGUCAUCUGUUGGAGAUCGUAAGAUAACAAGUGCUCACAUUGCUUUAUUCCUGGUCAACAGGCUAAAGACUGGAAUUCGGGAAACUUUGGUGCUCCCAAACUGUGAAAGUGUAUGCAUCCCAUGGAUGCUAGCAGAAAAGGAUGAUUGGGUUCCUCGAACUGUUGCUCCAUACAUAUGGGUUAACCAAGAAUUUAGAAAUGAAACUUCCACUUCAACUUAUACCAAUAAUCAACCUUCUGGUGGAGUGAAAACUAGUGGUGCUAGCAUCUCAAGUAAUGAUUCAGAGCACAAACAACAAAAUUCAACUAGUGCUGAAUCUAGUCAAGAAGCAACUAGGAAAUCAUCAGAUUCUCUAGAACUGUCAUUAAAUUCCUCUGAUUCAGUGACAUCAGAAAGCAACAGGAGUUUCGAAGAGCCUGAUGCACCAUCAUCAGAGAAUGACAAACCUCAAAAGACCAUAGAUUUGAAAGAAUUUAAGACAUCAUCGUUACAAGAUGACAAACCAUUUGAGACUAAUGAACAGAAUAUGGAGACUAAUGAACAGAAUAUGGAGAAUAAUUCUGAGUUUCAGUCAGAACAUAAAACUGCGGUGAUGGAGAGACGAAAUCAUUCUAUUGAGAGGGAAGAUGGAUUGCCAAAAAAAAUGGGGAGAAGGGAAAGGAUGCUUGAUUUGGGAAAGAAGAUGAGUGAGAAAUUGGAAGAGAAAAGGCGUCACAUUGAGGAAAAGAGCAGACACAUUGUUGAAAAGAUGCGAGGACCAUAAGAAUAAGAACUAUUAAUCAGGUAAAUAAUCAGAAUGUAUAUCUGGUGUUAAUGAUCUGUUGUUCAUAUGAAAGACAAGUGUUAUCCGUGUGGCAGUUGAGUGUGAGGUGUCGGAUAUUGUUUCAUUGAAUGAGUUUUAUAUUUCAAGUUGCUUAUACCAUCAAAAUUGAAAUGGAAUUAGGUACAUACAACAUAUUAUCCCAGUGAAGUAAAAAUUGUUGAUUCUUGUAAUUGUAACUUUGUCAUAGCUACAGGGAACAUUGGAAGAUUAAUCUAAUGAGUUUUAUAGAUUCAUGCUUACCCCUAUAUAUGAGGAAGGUCAUAUCAGUUUGUAUACUACUCCUAAUAUUACCAUUGUUAUUGGUCAACUGCCUCCAACUUGAAUUAGGAAAAUAUUAAAUAAGCAUAUAACCCAUAUAAAUGAGAAAAAAUGAAAAGAAAAGAGAAAAAAAAUGAUAAAUGUAAUGAAUGACAUGAUAGUACUAUGGGAAGUCAGUACUAAGAGAUGUUAAAUGUAUAAAUAAAAAAUUACUCUUUGUAGUUUAAUCCAUGAAAUGAAUAUCCUACUUCCCUCUACUUUACCUUGAUUAUUACGGGUGUUGUUCUUUGUCACUACUAGGCUAAGUAACUUAGCUCCCAUACAUCUCUUGCACUGAAUAAAUAAUUUUAAAUAUAUGGAUUACACUAUAAUUAAAAUUCACAGAUUAUAUUAUAACUAACAUGUAUAGUAAAUGAAUGCUUUUUAGCCUAUAUGUUAUGUUUGAGAUUUAUGAUAACAAAAUUAUGUUAUAAUACAAUUUUUAUCAUUGAUUUCUUUAAUUACUAAAUAUUAAUUUAAAAAUAGAAAGAUAAAUUAAAAUAAUAAGGAUGUUAGUAAAAUCCAAAAAAUAAUAGUAAGUACAAUAUAAAUCGAAAUAUAUUACAAACUAUGUAUAAGUGCAUUAUAAUGCAAAAAUACAUUACAAACCAUUUAAUUAGUAAUAAAAGUUAGAAAUUAUGAUAAUAAAAAAACAAAAUCGCAACAUAAUUUUUUGGGUUUAUUUAUUUAUUUUUUAAAUUCAAAAAGUGAGUUCUAGCAUCCAUGGUGAAGUAAGUAAACUAGGGGAGAGAGUGUGAUUGCAAAAGUAGUUAACUGAGAGAGAUGCACAGACAUUAGUACUGAAGAAAGAACAAAGAAAAAAUAUUGAAACUAAGGUGCCACAAAUUUGUUUUCAUAGACAAAAGACUCAAAGAUGAUAUCUUUGAAUUGUCUUUAUUUUGAAGCAUGUAGAGUUGUAAGUGAUUAGGGAUCUCACUUUAUUCAGCAUACUGAUGGAGUAAAACAUCUACACACUAAACAAGUUUAGUGUUGAUACUCCAAAGUCCAAACCAAACCAGCAUCAAAGAAAAAUGCAGAAAAACAGUGAUAAAAAACAGAGGCAUGAGCUUAGGUUAAUUAAACCUAUUUCAUAAUACCCAAAUGAACUAGUACUCUUCAGCAGGCAAAGGUUGAUGAGGAGGAGGCUCAAUUGGGAUAACAACGAAUUCAUACAGGACUGCUGCUAGGGCUGCCCCAAGUAAUGGGCCCACCCAGAAGAUCCAGUGGUUCUGCCACCUCCAGCCCACCAAUGCAGGCCCAAAAGCCCGAGCAGGGUUCAUGCAUGCUCCAUCAAAAGGUCCACCAGCAAGGAUGUUUGCUCCUACCACCAGUCCAAUGGCUAAGGGUGCAAUUGUGCUAACUGUACCCCUUUUAGGAUCCAUAGCAGUGGCAUACACAGUGUACAUCAGACCAAAUGUGAGGCCAAUUUCAAGUAUAAGACCAUGAACCGCUCCAACCCCAACUGAUAAACUGAAUCCCUCUGGUCU